GCCGUAAACGCAAAUCUUCACUGGUCGGGAGAGAUAUAGAUACAGACCAUGACACUACCCUUCCUCUCAGACUCAGAUCUGAGACUGUCACUAUACGAACAAGAAGCCUUUUCCUUAUCGAACCUGGAAGAUGGCUAUCCAAUCUAAUCAUAUAUAGCCCUGAAUAAACCGAUCCUCAAACUAUUCACAUUAUUGUUAUUCUUCAAUAGAACAAUGGAAACCGAGCUUAAAGAUAUCAAUCUGGAGCCAUCCAAAUCGAAGCCCCAACCGCAACCGCAACCAGAAAGGGAACAGAAACCGGCUCCCGAUGAUGGCUCCGGCAAGGAUGACCGGCCUCUUCUCAAAUCCGACUCCAACAGAAUCUCGACGGAGAGUAUUGAAGAGCUUGAGAAGAAAUUCGCGGCAUUCGUGCGCAACGACGUGUAUGGGCCCAUGGGACGUGGCGAGCUACCGUUGGCCGAGAAGGUGCUGCUAGGGAUCGCUUUGGUGACGCUCCUUCCGUUAAGGAUCGUGCUCGCGAUGACAGUAUUGUUAUCCUAUUAUGCGGUUUGUAGGAUUUGCACGCUGUUCUCGGCUCCGAACCGGGACGAGGAGGAGGAGCAGGAGGACUUUGCGCACAUGGGAGGGUGGAGAAGGACUGUGAUUGUUUGGAGCGGGAGGUUUCUAUCUAGAACUAUGCUUUUCGUGCUUGGGUUUUAUUGGAUUAAGGAGACCUACAGGAUUCUAGAGCAGCCUCAGAAUGAUGACAAAGAUCAAUCCGAAGAACCUGAAAGACCUGGGGCAAUAAUUUCUAACCAUGUUUCAUAUUUAGAUAUUUUGUAUCACAUGUCUUCUUCUUUUUCAAGUUUUGUUGCCAAGAGAUCAGUGGCUAAACUUCCUCUUAUCGGUCUCAUCAGCAAGUGCCUUGGUUGUGUCUUUGUUCAGCGGGAGUCAAAGUCAUCUGACUUCAAGGGUGUUGCAGGUGUAGUGACUGAAAGAGUUAGAGAAGCUCAUGAGAAUAAGAAUGCUCCAAUUAUGAUGCUAUUCCCUGAAGGCACCACUACAAAUGGAGACUUCCUUCUUCCGUUCAAAACAGGUGCAUUCUUAGCAGGAGCUCCUGUGCUUCCAGUGAUUCUGAGAUAUCCGUACCAGAGAUUCAGUCCUGCCUGGGAUUCAAUAUCCGGGGUGCGCCAUGUGAUAUUUCUCCUCUGUCAAUUUGUGAAUUUCAUGGAAGUGACUCGGUUACCUGUUUACUACCCAUCACAGGAAGAGAAGGAUGAUCCAAAGGUGUAUGCUAAUAAUGUCCGACGGUUGAUGGCUCGUGAGGGUAAUUUAAUUAUGUCAGAUAUUGGACUAGCUGAGAAGCGAGUAUAUCACGCUGCUCUCAAUGGUAAUAAUAGCCUGCCUAGUGUUUUGCAUCAGAAAGACGAUUGAUAAUUUCAUGGACUCGCUCCCAAAUGAUAUCUAGUCUCAGUUGAGCUUCUUAGUUUCUGUAGGUAUUGGUCAUAAAUGACAGCCAAAACAUGGGGUGGUUCUCUCCCCCUUUUGCUAACAAAUGAUGCUGAUGUGCCAUUAUUGUCUUGUAAAUUCUCAGAAUGAGAGUUGUUCCCAUUGAAUAUACAAUUUUAAAUGUGAUGGCGAAACUUUGUCGAACCAUCUGAUUUAAGAGCUCCUGGGAUUUUAUUCAUUGGUGUUGUACAUGCAUUCUUAACGAGUUUAUUGAAUGCCCUGAAACCUUUUAGAUAGAA